AUGACUGUUGCCAGUUCCAGAGGCCGUUUGAUUGCCGUUAUAGGCGAUGAAGACACUUGCACAGGCUUUCUUUUGGGAGGUAUAGGUGAGCUUGACAAGAAUCGUCGUCCGAAUUUCCUCGCUGUGGAUAAAGACACGCCCUUAAGCGACAUUGAGAAUGCCUUUACAUCAUUUCUUACUCGAGAUGAUAUCGCUAUAAUUCUAAUUGUCCAAAACGUUGCGGAAAUGAUCAGGUACCUUAUUGAUGCACACACAGAUCCAAUCCCUGCAAUUCUGGAAAUACCAACAAUGAGUGGUGGAAAAUACGAGUUAGAUGCUAACGCCGGGGAAUACGUGCCCUCCACUUCAGCAGAAAAGGAAUCAGAGGAGAUACUUAAUGCUAUUGUCUCUCAAGCUCUCGAUUUCAAUGAGGACGUGUCAGAACCUGCUUGUUCAAAGUUGGAACAAAUUAUUCAAACUCAACUGCUAUCCACAAUUCCCUCUCAUGUCGGAAGGAUCCUAGUGGACUCCUCUGUUAGUCGUUCUGGGAAUGCUACCUUGUUAUUUCGACUUCUCAAGCGUCUUCAAACUACUACGCCACCCUCAGUGUAUAGUCUUCUCGAAUGUGGAAUUUUCGACAAAAUCCAUGAGCACACUUUGUGCCUCAUCGGCGGGGACAUUCUUCCAGAAAUGGCCGGUAUAAAACCAGUCGAGACCUCAGAGUCUGGGGACUCGGUUGUUGCUAACAGACGCCCGGUCCUUCUGGUAGAACUGCUACACUUAACAGUGAUGUGUAUAACGGAGCUAUACAAAACGGAGGACGGCCAGGUGACCCUCCCGCCCCUCAGGCCCUGCAUUGACUUGUGCAUGCUUGCAGAGGCCGUACUUCGGGUUCACCUUGAUUCUGUAACGGUUGGGGGGGCGAAAUCGGAACCACCAUCACCGACACAGGUCGUCGCUACCGACGUCGCUCUCAGUACCUCCCUCCAUUCGCUGCAACUUUCACCUCGAAAGACUGAAUGGAAUUGUCUCCUUGAUGCCUUUCUCUCAAAACUUGGUCAGACUCUGCCCUACUUCAAUCUUCUCUUUCAGUACUCGGACACUUAUGUCCUUCCCACUGCUUGGGCGUCAACUUCUUCUCUACAUGCUCCUCCAAAGGAUGACCAGAGUUUGCUGAAGACAGAUUUUAGCACGUUACCCCACCUAGCAACACUAUUGGAUAAAGUGCUUUUUCUAGUAAAACAUAUGAUGGUCUUAGAUAGCGGGUUUCCCUCCAAGUGGAUUCGUUCCACGGCCAUGGACUUACUUCUGACUGGAGCCUCAUCGUUCAAUCCCAUGUUUGUCUGUGGAGGAAAUACGAGCGAAUGGCGUGGAGGCUCCGAUGAUGAGGAUGACGUUGUGAUUGAGGGUGUUACGAGCACUGAUAGACCAGAGGUGUUAAGGGACUUUCGCCACUUUCUCGCUUCAACAGGUCAGUCUUAG